CAUGACUUAUUUUAUUUUAUACCAUAAACUUUCAGCCAGGUGAUGUAGUGGUCACUUUGUUAAAUUGAAGAUACUAUAAAAACAGUACAAGAAACGGUAGAAGAAAACUUAUUGAAAAUUAACAUCUGAAGGCAAUUUCUUCUUUCUGUUAGUGCAAUCACAGCAUGCUUUAUCAAGUAAGAAUUGUUAAACGUAAAUUCAGUCGGAGAAAAACAACUGUUUUUGGGUCAAUAGCAGUUAUAAUUAUUUACUUUCAUUAUCUUCUUCAUUAUUAUUUGCCUGAAAAUGCAUCGGAUGACUUGUUUUUCCACACAAAAAAAUCCAAAAUUUUCCAGCCCGAGCUUGUACAUAAUUGUUCUGCAUUUAUUUCGAAAACUGCUUCAAAAUCUAAGCUGUGGGACGCUUCAACUUCAUUCGAACACAAGCUCAACUAUGAAAAUGAGGGGGGAUCUUGGGGGGAUGAUUUCGACUGCGAGCAUUACAUCAACACCAGAUUGGGGGGUUUCUUCUGGAACGAUUUUUCCAGUAGCGAAGAAAAGAGUUUUCCAUUAGCGUACACAAUUAUAGCCUAUCAUAAUUUUGAUCAACUGGAACAGCUGUUGUUGUCUAUAUACAGACCACACAACUUCUAUUGUCUCCAAAUUGACAGUUCGGCCUUAGAAGAAUUCAAACAACAGGUGGAACAACUUGUAUCAUGUAUUGCCGAUACAGGUCUUAGUAGACGCCUUUUCCUGAGUUUCAAACCGCUCAACAUCCAUUGGGGGAGACCGUCACUGCUGAAGGCGGAGCUGGGCUGCAUGCGGGAUUUAGUUUUCCAGAGUGAAAGAUUAGCAGAGGCCCAAGGUGUAACAGGGGAACAGGGUUCAACUCAGUGGAAGUACUUGAUCAACUUGACGGGCGAGGAGUUUCCACUGGUUACGAACAAAGAGUUGGUGUCAGUUUUAAGCAGAAUCAGAGGCGCCAACAUCUUAGACGGAGGCUUCACCCAAAUAAAGCCAGAGAGAUACCCUGAGACUCUGCCCUUCAAUCUGUCCAAGUACAAAAGCUCGACACAUUUUCUUCUAAAUAGAAAAGCAGUCGAGUUCAUCAUAGCAGACAGUGCAUUACCCAAACUUCUCUACAAAGCCCUUCAUCGUUACAAUUUUCUCGAGGAGUCUUUCUUCGCAAUACUGCAGUACAACCCACGAACUCUUUUUCCAGGAGGAAUGCUCGUUGAACCCGAAACAAAUCUCUACACCAAUCAGAAUUUCCCCCGCUACAAAGUGUGGAGGGACAAAGUCGAGCAUUGUCCCAGUGGUAUGACAUCGAGGGACAUUUGCGUGAUGGGUAUCAACGACCUUCCAGCUUUGGUACACGAAGCUUAUGGGCUGCACUUUUUUGUGAAUAAAUUUUACUGGGAUUACCAGCCGGCAGCUUGGGACUGUAUAAAUGUCUGGCAUCAUUUGAGAUCCUUGGAAGAAUUUGAGAAUGGAUCCACUAGCUUUAACCCUUUUGUGUUUGUCAAUAGUUCAUAUAUGAAAUACACAAAGCCAGUACGUGGCUUUUGAUAUCUUAUA